AUGGCUUCCUCGUUAUCGCCCGACCAGUAUGGAAAGCAGCCCUCACAGGGCCAGUAUGGCGGCGGCUCCGGCGAGGACCAGGAAAGGGGACCGCUGAGCUCUUUGAACCUGGGAUUCCUCAAGUCCCUGACGGAAAAGAGGACAACACGAGACGGCCAACCGCCAAAGCGAAGAGGACCGAAGCCCGACAGCAAGCCUGCCUUGACUCGGCGACAGGAACUGAACCGCCAGGCGCAACGCACGCACCGUGAAAGAAAAGAGCUAUACAUCAAGGCACUGGAAGACGAGGUGCUUAGACUGAAGGAGAUAUUCAGCAACAUCUCCCAAGACAAGGACAAGAUAGCCGAGGAGAACCGGCAACUCAAGCAGCUCCUCGUCCAGAACGGCAUUCCCCUCUCCCACUACGGCGAUGACAUGGUCAGCAAUCCUAGCGUGGGCUACACGUCCAGCGCCAGCCAAUCGGGCAACAGCUACGGCCGCAACGCCUUCACGCCGCCGUUGACAUCCACGACAGCGCCUUCGAUGUCGCCCUCGUCUUACGGUCCGUCUCACUCCCACUCACACGGUCCGCCCCCUCCCCUCCCCCAAAUGGGCAGCCAGCAGCUGCAGAACAGGCAACAAGGACAGGGUUCUGGCAGAGGUGUGGACCUUGAGCAAGCGGGCAUUGACUUCGUCUUAACUCUCGAGAAACCCUGCAUGAACCACAUGCCCUGGCUACUGGAGAGAUCAAGCGAAAUGGGCGGUGAGCCCUGCGGCCACGCGCUGAUGGCCUCCUGCCCGCCGGCUCCCUUCCCGGAGCUGACGCCGGAUAUCCCCUUUGGGUACAGCAACGUCAACGGAGACCUGGACUCCCAGCAGAGGACGUGGGAAGUCAGCAAGGCCAGCCUCUCGGCCCUGCUCGACCUCAGCAAGAAGCUGAACCUCGACGGCGAGGUCACGCCCGUCAUGGCCUGGGGCAUGGUCCUGGGCCACCCCAGAGCCCACGAGCUGCGGGUCGAGGACUUCCAGAAGCUCACUGACGAGCUCAAGGACAAGGUCCGAUGCUACGGCUUUGGCGCCGUCAUGGAGGAGUUCGAGGUCAGGGACGCCUUGGAGAACGUCUUCUUCUCCGGGCCCGAGAUGAUGUCCUACACCUACUAA